CCCAUAUCUCUUGCUGACAAAUCUUUUUCCCAUUUGUAAUAUACCUGACCAUCUUCUUCUUCUUCUUCUUCUUCUUCUUCCUCUGCAUGUGCAUUCAAUAAGAUCUAACCAUAAAAAAACUUCUUUUAAACAAUUCCUUCAAUGGAUCCCAUCUCCCAGAAAAAAUACUUCUUCCUUGAGUCUCAAUCUCUUCCUCCUCCUCCUCCUCCUCCUUCUUCAUUUUUGGGUUCAUCUUCAUCAUCACAUUUAUCACCACAUCACUCUGGUUUUCCAAUCAUAGCUGUUGCCAUUAUAGGUAUAUUAGCCACGGGCAUUUUGUUAGUCAGUUACUAUGUUUUUGUGAUCAAAUGCUGCUUGAAUUGGCACAGGAUUGAUCUAUUACGCCGGUUUUCGGUGUCGGGAAGACGCAGUGGGGAGGACCCUUUAAUGGUUCAUUCACCAGCAGCUGAAAACAGAGGACUUGAUGAAGCUGCAAUCAGGGCAAUACCCAUUUUUCCAUACAGAAAAGGGAGGACAACAAAACAGGGGAGUGGUGAAAAGGUUUGGGAAAGGAAUGAUUCUGAAUGUGCGGUUUGUCUUAAUGAAUUUCAAGAAGAAGAGAAGCUGAGAAUCAUACCAGAUUGUGCUCAUGUUUUUCAUAUUGAUUGUAUUGAUGUUUGGCUUCAGAACAAUGCAAAUUGUCCACUCUGCAGAACAAGUGUUUCAGCUAACAGAAGGCCUAAUUUGGAUCAAAUCACAGCUCGAAUCAAUUCGUUGUCGCCGCGAGAUCCGAAUCGAUACAGGGAUAAUUUCAAUGGAAGGGAUGAAGAUUAUGUUGUGAUUGAAAUCAGGAACCAGGAGCUGAUUCAAAAUCAUGCUGAACAAUCAUUGCUUAGAAGUCAAGAAAGAAGAUUGAAUAAUAAUACAGGGGAGGAAGAAGAACAGAGCAGCAGGGAAGUAAUUAGUCCUUCACCAAGAAAGUUGGAACAACAGAAAUCUGUUUCCAAGAAGAAGAAGAAAUUGAACCAUGUUUCAAGCAUGGGGGAUGAAUGCAUUGACAUCAGGAAAAAAGAUGAGAAAUUUACAUCAAUUCAGCCCAUUAGGAGAUCUUUCUCAAUGGAUUCAGCUUCUGAUGCCCAUCUUUAUUUAGCAGUUCAACAGAUAAUUAAUCAACACCAGAAUCAACUCAAUGAAGUGAUUAGCCCCGUUGAAGGUUCCACCAGCAGCAGCAGAGUAAUUAAAAGAUCAUUCUUUUCUUUUGGCCAUGGCAGAAGUUCAAGAAGUGCUGCUGUUCUGCCUCUCCAUGUGGAGCCAUUUUCUUAGCUAAAUUCUUCAUUUACUUUUUUUUUUUUUUUUGUUUCUUUUGCUUUUCAUUUUUACAUAUAGGGUAAUUUCUUUUAGAAUUGCCAUCGUGAUAGACAGACAUAGAGUUAUAGAAAAAAUUGGGUCUGUUAAGGUACAGGAUAGAUAGUUCAUAUUGUACAAAAUUGAGGUUCAAUGUGAAGGAAAAUGAAGGCAUUUCCAUAGUUUCAAAAGAAAAUGAGAAUUGUGAUUAAAUGGGAUGACCAAAGUGUUUCCUUUCCAAAGGGGACCAAGAGAAGUUGAUAUUGCAUUAGCUACUGAUAUUCAAAGUUGGGAUUUUUGUCACAUUCAAUAUCUGCGGAACGAUUACGUUUAUUAAGAUAAAUCGUUUAGAAUAAAAUUCAUCUAUCUUAUACGAAUUUUUGUUUUAAUCUAAUAGUACGAUUUAUAAUGCAAUUUCAAUAGCAUGACUUUUA